GGAGCUUGCUCAAGAUUAGCGCUAUUCGUUUACUCGAUAAUUAGUUGUAAUCAAAUCGGCGACGCUGCGGCCAGCAAUUCAAUUCAUAUUCGUCGUGUAUGUUUGCGUUACGGACAUGAAGAAAUUAUUCGUCACUUUGCUGGUUUUGAGUAUCCUAACAGGAUCCUCGCUCGAGGAAGUCGGCCAUUCCGACGCAGCUUGCAAGUGCGAUCACUGCGAGGAGCAGAACUCGGAGGAAAUUCGGAAGCAAGAUGCGCUCGCGGAACUUCCGUUUAACAUGGAAGAUUCGGACGGCGACGGGAGUCGGAUAAUUUGCGCUAGGGACAGAGACCUUGAGGACAAAACGUUUCCCAGCAUCUGUCACAUGCUCUGCGAAAAUCGUUGCACCCGAUUCAACGUGACCGAGAAAAUCUCGGGAUCGUUGAAACGCGUCAUCGCUACGGCGUACAGAACGAACUACUACAAACUCCACGACGGACAGUGCUUGUAAGGAUUCUAGCUACCAGAUACGCGUUUUUGCCAAAAUUCUCGACGUAACGAAUUAUUUGCAAUCUUUAAAAUUGGAUACGGUAAUUGGUGCAGGAAUAAACCGUCUUUAAUUUUA